AAAUAAAAUAAAAGAAAGAUCACGUGAUGGCAUGUCAUGUGACUUAUGCCUAGUCUACAGCUGCCUGUCAGACACAUCUAUGGACACACCAGCCGAGCGAGGACACGAUGAACACGCUGCUGACCUUGUCCUUCACCUUGUUGCUCAGCUCGCUGGCUUGGAGCGGCUAUCUGGAAAGUGACCAAGAUGUCUUGAUACCAGACGACUGGACCAAUGUGGGCCGGGUUGAACCCGCAGAGGAGCUGACGCUGACCUUUGCCCUAAAGCAGCAAAACAUUGACCAGCUGGAGGAAAUACUCAAACAGGUGUCGGACCCUGACUCCGCACAAAAUGGUAAGCACCUCACCCUGGAGGAGGUCUCCUCCCUUGUGCGUCCAACGGAACUGACCCAGAAGGUGGUGCGCCACUGGCUGAAGAGUCACGGGGUUACAAGCUGCCUGACUGUACGCACUCAGGACUUUUUACAGUGCGACAUGACUGCAGAGGUUGCAGAGACGCUUCUUCCAGGUAGCAGGUUCCACCAGUACGUCAGGGAUGGCCACUCUGUGGUACGGUCUUCAGCGCCGUACUCCGUUCAUGAUGAUGUUCAGCAGCACCUGGACUUUGUUGGGGGGCUUCACCGCCUCCCUCCUAAUGGUCAGGACCUCCGCAAAGCCUCAGCGAACAGGAAGCAAAAACGUUCCAAGGCAGGGCUGCACCUAGGAGUGACUCCCAGCAUCUUGAGGGCCCGCUAUAACCUCACAACAGCCGAUGUGGGAACCGCUCAGAAUAACAGCCAGGCUGUAGCUCAGUUCCUGGAGCAGUACUACAGCCCUGCGGACCUGGCAGAGUUCAUGUCCAUGUACGGCAGGAGCUUCAAGCAUCUCUCUGAGGUGGACCGGGUCGUGGGCACGCAGGGAGCAGGAAAGGCCGGAAUCGAGGCAAGUCUCGAUGUGGAGUACAUCAUGAGCACAGGAGCAAACAUCUCCACGUGGGUCUUCACCAAUCAAGGUCGUCAUGAGUCCCAGGAGCCUUUCCUCCAGUGGAUGGUUCUGCUCAGCAACAUGUCCGACCUGCCCUGGGUUCACACCAUCAGCUACGGAGAUGACGAAGACAGCUUGUCUACUGCAUACAUGAUGCGCAUCAAUGCAGAGUUUAUGAAGGCUGGCGUCAGGGGAAUCUCGUUGCUCUUCGCCUCUGGGGACAGUGGUGCAGGCUGCAAACAUUUGGGUAAAGACCAAAACUCGUUCAGGCCGAGUUUUCCUGCAUCAAGCCCAUAUGUGACCACAGUAGGAGGAACAUCGUUCAAGAACCCAUUUAAGGUCUCGUACGAAGUUACAGAUUACAUCAGCGGAGGAGGCUUCAGCAACGUCUUCACGAUGCCCGACUACCAGGCCGGUGCAGUGGAGGGGUACCUGAAGACUGUAGCAGCAACCCUUCCUCCUCAGUCAUACUUCAACACCAGCGGAAGGGCCUAUCCAGACAUGGCCGCCCUGUCUGAUAACUACUGGGUGGUCAUCAACAGAGUGCCUGUCCCCUGGGUGUCUGGAACCUCGGCCUCAACACCUGUGGUCGGAGGCAUGCUGUCUCUCAUCAAUGACCAGCGGCUGCUGAAGGGCCGGCCCGUCCUGGGCUUCCUCAACCCUCGCCUCUACAAGCUCAAAGGACGAGCUCUGUUUGAUGUGACUGAGGGCUGUCACCUGAGCUGUUUGGACGAGCAGGUUCAGGGUAAAGGCUUCUGUGCUGCACCGGCGUGGGAUCCGGUUACAGGAUGGGGGACACCAAACUACCCCGAGCUGCUCGCUGCUCUGCUAGCGGAGUGAAAACCAAUAGUUCCCCGAGUGCAACCUUCUGGAUGGGCUCUGCUCUGAGAGCAGCUACUAUACACACGAGUCCAGAGGGGAGGAUGGCGAGAUUUCUUUUAUUCAGUGCAUUUGCAGUCAAACACUGCGUGAUUCAAGCCUUCAGAAUUGUUUUUUAUCUUUACAUGUAAAGGAUGCUCUUUGCUGCUUUUAGCAAUACUCCAAAAGGCUUACAACCUUUUCCUCAACAAUUUUAGGUCCUGGAUGUUGUGGUGAUUUGGGUAUUUUUAUUGCUACACUGCAUUUGAACUGACCCAGAUUCCUCAUGCUGCUGUAUACACAGCAGGGGAAGUGUGGGUAAACUGGAUACUAUGCAUAAUGCGUGAUAUUGUUGGUCUAUUUUGCCAUUCUUCACUCCAGGGAUGAGCUUGUUACAAUGCAGUUUUAUUUGAGGAAAUUACUCUUUGCAAUUCUAAAAGGUACGCGUGUAUUUUAAAUACACAGGCACUAUACUAUGGUGGUUUAAGAUUUACAGGACCUUUUUUAACCUUGGUUUGUUGGCUCUGCAGCUACAUGCCAACCAGAUGCACUGCAAUGUGGGUUAAAUCAUUUGGCGCAACAGUUGCACAUGUCUUUGUUUUAACCCCUCAGAUCGUAUACAUGUGAUGUGAGAAAAUUACUCAAUGCAUUGCUUAUUGAAGAUAAUAAAUGUUCGUUGAUUGUUUAGGAAUGUACAACAUGCUUUUGCAAAUCUAAAUCUAUUUUUUAAUUAAGUGCCAAAGUGAGCUCAGAUUCUUAUGGAACAUUUUAACUUGAAAUGCACAUUUUUGAAUUCUCCCUAGCCUCUUUUUACUUUUGGCAAAAAAAAGUAGGUGGACAUUGAACUUGAACGACAAUUUAUUCAGCUGUAAGAUGCCACUUUCAAGCUGUUCAAAUGUAAGACGCAAUGCAAUUGUGUAUUUGCAUUGUGCUGAGAAAUAAAAAGACUGUUUCUCCAA